GAGGCUAGUGGUGGGAGGAGAGAGAACGAGAGAAGGCCGCGGUAGUCUUUCUCGGUCGACUAGGUAAGAUAAGGACGAGGCGGACAAACGGACUGACGAAGGUGGCCAAGGUAGGGGAUAUUCAGUCUCGCGGCCACGUGCUACACGAGCGCACGCCCCGAGCCGGCCGGUGGUCCAGCCACGACUCCGUCCUCUUCUUCUUCGUCCCGUUUUGUCCCACGCUUCCUCCUUCUUUCUCCCUUCCAUUCUUCAUUCGCACAACCGGAGCUCAACGACGUCCGGCGUCUUCCACCCGUUCCCUGGCGGUUUCCACAUUUUUCGCGCCUCCCUUUGCUCGAUUUUAACCACGUUCCCGCCGCCGUGCCUUCUUCCUCCGCCGCUCCCGAGUCGUCUCGCGACGUCUCGCCUCGUUCCUCGCGAGCCGAUUCCGAGUGGGCGCCGCUCCCGACCAACGCUCGACCCUCCUCCACCGAAAUCCACCGUGAUUUUGAGGCUCCGUUGAGGAACCAUCGAGUUUUUCGAGUUUAUAUAAUAAGGAAUUUUGAAGAAGGACACGCGAGUGUGGUAUAUACACGGUUGAACGCAGCGGCCAUGGGGACGGUGGUCGAGGAUUGUGCGCGAAAAGACCCGAGGCGCGGUUGAUUUUCACAUGUCGAGACGAAGUGGAAGGAAGGAAGUAUAUCGGAAUAAUUGUGUGAGAUUCGGUAUCUAUGGUUACCCGAUACGGUACCUGUUUAACGUGUUCGAGGAUUGGUGAACGAGCAUGGAAGAGAUUGUCGGAUAUGGAUUCGAGGAGGAUUUGAGCGGUGACUUGUGGUGAUUGUGAACGCGCGGAUUGUGUAUCGAGAAAAAUGCCCGAUGACGAGGGGAAGAUUCUACUUAUAGGGAGAGUGGAAUUUGAAACAUAAACGUUCUUACGAAAUUAAUGGCCUGUGGUGGACUGUAACAGCUGUGGUGGUUCGCGUGAAUCUAACGCAGUUUGCCUUCUCGCAAAUCGAAUGUUCACGACGCAGUAUCCACGAAGAUAAAAGGUUCACGGCUUAGGGACCCCGGUGAUCCCGGGUUUACCCCGGGGAUCGUGAGAAUCCGCGGUGGGCAAAGAAAUAUCUGACGACAUCGGACCUUGUAAGACACGCACGAAAAUGUUGGGUCGCGACAUCGAACACGGAACAGACGGCUCGAGGGACCGGCGCGAACGGUUUGCAUCGAGAGAUUAAAGAACAUCGAAUGGACGUGGGCGAUUUGUCGAGCUCGGCAGGAUUGGCUGGGAGCGGAUCCAUCCCUGUAGCUACGGGUGUUGGUGUCAUUACAAGUACGACAUCCGCUACCGCGGGGUGGUGGACGCCUACGUCGACGAUCGCGGCGGCCAACACCGACGUGAUGAAUCAGCUCUGCAGGGUUUGCGGAGAGCCGGCCGCGGGUUUUCACUUCGGGGCCUUCACGUGCGAAGGUUGCAAGUCGUUCUUCGGGCGCACUUACAACAAUCUAGGCAGCAUCUCCGAAUGCAAGAACGGCGGCGUUUGCGUGAUCAACAAGAAGAAUCGCACCGCGUGCAAGGCGUGCAGGCUUAGGAAGUGUCUGAUGGUGGGUAUGUCGAAGUCGGGCUCUCGCUACGGACGCCGCUCGAACUGGUUCAAAAUCCACUGCCUCCUCCAGGAACAGACUCACCAGGCGCAAACGCGCCUCAUCAAGGACCCGAAAUCCGCGUACGAGAAGGCGUUCGGUUCGUUGGACGUGGCGAACAAUAACAACAAUAAUAACGAGAACCCGGGCACGACGAACGCGACAGGUGUCGUGGGUAUAGUGACAACGACCACGACUACCGCGAACAGUUACCACCAUCAUCACCAUCAACACCAUCAGGACAGGUUCCCGAAAAGGGACGAGCUCAGGCCCCAGGAUAUACCGGGCCAGUUAAGGGCGCCCGACAUCCCAACGAGGGCGGCGCAGGAUCCCCUUCUGAGGCCUAUGGACCUGGUCAGAGCGCCCCACGAAUUGCUCAGGCCGGAAGUAUCCAGGUUCCCUAUGUGGAGAGGUCCACCUUUCUUUCACCCAGCUCUGACCCACAUGCAACUGCUCAACACCCCGUUCUUCCCGUUCCAACAGAGAUUUAUCGUCCCAUACGUGAACCAGGUCGGCGCCCCCCAAAUGGUGGCGAGUUUGACGAGUUCCUCGAGCGACAGCGUGAGCCCUAGAUCGACGCCGUCGCCGAAACGGGACGACGACAAUCGAAGCACGCGGGACGAGUGUCGAGAAGUGGGCGGUGGGGGGUGUCAGAGGAGUCAAAUGGAGGCGUACGACAAGAGUAUAGCGUUUCUACGCUCGUUGGGCCCGGAGCAGGACGAGCCGAUCGACCUGAGCAUGAAGGCCGGUCGGACGGACGGGCAGGAGGUGGACGCGGCCGGUAGCACGGAAGAGGAGAGGUCGACGGACAGCGAGGACAACGAGCAGCUGCUCCAGGAAACGGGGCCGCCCCUCGAUCUCACUAGAAAGACGUGACCCCUCGUGGGCAGCUUGAGGACAGCUUUCGACAGAAACUGGACUGGUUGGUGUUGUUGAAUCGUCGCUACAAUUAGCGAGCCUGCCUCCCUAACGCGAUGAGGCAUUACAUUGUUGUCCUUUCACGGGAACGAGGAGAGAUGACUUACGGCUGUACUGUGCGGGAGAUGGCCUGCCAAGUGGAAGGCGAAUCGCGAGGAAAUGGAGGAACCGAGGAAAAGGAAAAUAUCCUUUUCGCCGGGGAGGUAGAAGAAGAUAUUGUGGAAGGCGGGUAAAAAGACGGGGAAUCGUUGUGAUAUAAUGCGAAAAUAAUGGCGGAGCGUGAAGAGCGACAGCGAAGAGGAGAGUAAUGGAUGGACAGCGACAGUAGGAAGAGUUGGGACGAGCGGAAUGCGCGUGUUGCGUCGCGACGAAUGACUUUACGAUCACCGAUCGGUUAAAAUCGCUCGGGUCAUCGGUUUAUUAUUGGCCGCCACCGUCCACUUUGGCCUCAACUUCGUCAGGUGUUCGUUGAAGAAAGAAUCGGCGAAGAUCGGUUCGAUACAUCGUUUCGCGUACGAAGAGACGUACGAUUGUGUGCCUUUCAAUUCUCGUACACCCAGUGCACGAGGGAGGGAGAAAAUGUGAGGUGGAGAGAAAAAGGAGAGAAUGUGUGCCAGUAAAAACCUCGUGAUAGUUUAACGUUAAAUAAUAACCGCGCUUGCGCACGUGUGUAACGAAAUUACGUACGCGUAAGAUACGAACGCAUCGUGUUUAAUGCCUGCGUGCGUGGUGUGCGUGUUGUGAUUUUUCAUUCUUUCUUUCUUUCGCGUUUUCAAAUUUUUCUUUUCCUUUCGUGUGAACGUACAAGGGCGUUCGAGAGAGUGGGACGAACGUUUCAGAAAAUCCUCUCGAAUUCCGCUCGGGAAUGGCCAGUGUUUCGUUAAUCCGCCGCAUCGAGAUUUCUUUUAUUUAUGUCGAAUCUUUUAUUUAACGCGAUCCAAUUAUUCGUCAGUCUGUCUAGCCUCGCUAAUACGUUGGUGUUCACGCGUGUUCCCCUCAACGCGUAUAUUUCUCGAAUAUCUUCGGCCCUUCGAUUUUGUUGUUUCGUUUCUAAUUUUCGUUUCGAGCUUCACUUUGAUUGUUGCGUAACGAUGAGAGUGCAGACUCGAGAAUAAAAAAGAGAAAGAAAAGGAAAGGAAAAUAAUAAAAAAUAAGAUGAUACGCGUACAGACGCACCGAGUAUUUGGUGAAAAAUAAAAUAAAGAAUAUUGUAUAGCCAAUACGUGGCUCUUUGAUCGUCGUUUAUUUCAAAAUUUUUCCUCGAUCAUUCGUUUCCCUUAUACGAAUGCGAUCGUUCGCCAAGUACUUCGAACUCGAGAUGGUAUUCGAUUACUUUCGUCUUUUGCGCGUCUCUCGCAUUCCAAACCGUCGCCGCGAAACGCGCACGGAUUCAUGGCGAGCGUAUGCGCGCGAAUCGUCCACGCUAUCUUACCGAGUUAUUUAUUUAGUAAUAAAUUUGUCCGCGCGCUGAUGUACUACGAGAAACACGUUUUCUCGGAUAAUUCCGUUCUAACGCGCGAGACGCAUCGCGAGGACAGCUUCUCGCAAUUCUCUCGACAUCGUGUGGAUAGGAGACGAUAAAUGCUCA